AUGCCGAAAAUGAAAUCGUUUUCAGAGCAGCAUACAGCGCAUAAUAUCCAGUGUGCUCUAGAGGAAAUAGUCGAGUCAUGGAACAUCUCAGACAAAAUACAUGUUAUCGUCACUGAUAACGGCCGCAACAUUGUGAAAGCCGUAAAUGACAGUCGUUUUGAAGGAAAAACGUGCUUCAUUCAUACUUUGCAACGAGAAAUUCACGUUGCUUUAGACGCGCAGGAAAGUGUUAAUGACGCAAUAGCGGCAGGGCGUCGUAUAGUGACUCAAUUCAAUCACUCACAACCGGCUCAAAAAAAAUUGCAGCUGAUACAGAUUGAGCUCAAUAUACCCAAGCACAAACUUAUUCAAGACGUCAGCACCCGCUGGAAUAGCACUUUUUAUAUGGUUGAAAGGUUACUGGAGCAAAAUAGAGCGAUUUCGUUGUACAUAUCUGACAACAGUAACACAAUAAAUUUUCAAAAUUUGACAGAGAGACAAUGGGAUCUUCUGAAAGAAUGCCUUGCUUUACUUCAACCUUUCGAAGAAAUCACAAAAAAAUGA